GAGAAGAGAAAGCUCCAUGUUGAUUUGGUUGCUCACCGAGUGGACUGUGGACCCGGGUUGUCUCGCUCUUUUUGUGGUCCGAGUUACCAACUCGAACCACAAGCGCCAUCAUCACACACAAACUCUGAAAUUGCAUUCUCAUCAUGGCUUUCUCUUUUGACCCUUUAAAUCCCAUCUUUCACUUUUGUUUUCCACCAUCACCGAAGCUUCAAUUUCCUUUCUUUCUGCAAUGGCGGAUACUCCGGAUUCUGUCGCUGAACCGGUACCUGGCACGCCUGGAAUUCGGGAAGUUAGGUCCGAUAUGGGGACUGAGAGUUUCGGGCUUUGCGCCCAACAGAAUGUCGCUAAGCACGGGACGAGGAAGGUGGGUUUGCGAGCAGAGAUUGAUACCUCGCCGCCGUUCGGGUCCGUCAAGGAGGCUGUGACCCGGUUUGGAGGAAGUGGGUCUUGGAUUCCAUAUUACAAGCAGGGGUUUGAGGAGAUAGACAUAAAGAAAGUUGAGGAACAAGCAGCAGAAUUGGAGAAGGAUCUUAUCGUGAAAGAAUUGGAAACGCUUGAUGUUCUUGAAGAACUUGGAACGACAAAAAGAAUUGUUGAAGAGUUAAAGCUACAGCUACAGAAAGAAGCGCUGAGAUGUAUGACAAUCCCGGAUGAGCAGAUGUCAAGUCCUGCUAUCAAGGAAAUGAACAAGGAAAAUUGUAGCUUUCAUGUGGACAAGCGAGUGCAGAGGAUGGAAAAUUUGAGCCCUUGCCCUACGUCAUCCCCUGACAUGAUCUUAAUGGAAUUGAAGCAAGCAAAACUAAACCUUGGUAAAACUAUUAAUGAUCUCGGAGUGAUUCAAAAUUCUGUUGAGUCUUUGAAUAAGAAAAUGAAGAAAGAGAAAACCUUUAUUGAGAAAACCCGAAAGCAGCUAACAUCAAAAUUUGCAGGGGUGUUGUCUUUGGAGGAGGAGCUAAAACAAGCAAGAGUGAAACCAUGUAUUGCAGACAGUGCUGUAACUGAUUACAAGGCACAGCAGUUGAAGAAAAUGGCUGAAGCUGAGAAGUCAGAAGUUUCAAAAGCAAUUUUAGCUAAUGAACAAACCAAGACAAAUUUAAGGACUGCUGAAUUGAGGUUGCUUGCAGCAAAAAAAAUGGAGGAAGCAGCAAGGGCAGCAGAAGCUGUUGCCCUAGCCGAAAUCAAGGCUUUAUCAAGCAAUGAGACCUCAUCAGGAUUUGUACUGCCAGAGCCCGAGAAAGUAGCCUCAUUUGAAGCACGUACUCCUCUGACCCCUAGAGCUCAAAAAGUUGAGGCGCUUGCCAAGAAAGUAGAGGUUGCGAAGCUCCAAAAGCGUGAAGCUAAUAUCACAAAAAUGUCUAUUCUUAGGAAAUUGAGAGAUGCAACAGAAGACGUAAAACAAAGUAAACUUGCCCUAGAAGAAGCGCUGAACAAAGUUGAAAUGGCAAACAGAAAGCAAUUUGCUGCUGAAGAGGCAAUUCGCAAAUGGAAGCCGGAGAAUGAUCAGGAGGGACAGACACCAUAUUAUGCAACUAGGUUUAAUAGUUUCCAUAUGCACCAACCUGAUACCGAUCAAGAUUCUCCACUAAAUGAAAUGAGGAAUUCCAAUCUAGCUAAUGAUGAUCCAAAGCCUAUCUUACGAUCAACAGUUUCAAUGCGUGACGUACUCAGCAGGAAGCAAGUUCUGAAGGAAGACUAUGUAAUGGCAAGACCAACAGAGGGCCGUGAAGAACGACAGAAGGUGGCAUUAAGUCAAAUGCUCCAUGAACUGAGAGAAGAUCUAACAUUUCAUCCAAGAACUGAGAAAGAUUCAAAUGAUCAAAAGCAAUUGUUUACGCAAAGGAGAAAGUUCGGGUUCAUUCACAUAUCCUUGCCUAUGACAAAACCAAGUAAGAAAAAGACUCAAGAUUUCAACAAUGUGAUGCAUUAGACAGAAGAAUGCUUUGUGAUUGUGUAGUUAAAAAUCUUCUUUCAAUUGUUGAAUUGUAUUGGUCUUUAGUUAUGGUAAUAGCUUGCUCAUGUUGAUUGUGUGUGGUUCUUAUAUAUCCAUAGCCUGUACUCGGCCCUUGCUCUGAGCUCCCGGGAUCUAUAUAAUAGAAAUGUGGUAGCUCUUCACUUUGAGUUUUUUAAUGAUAUAGAUUAAGAUUUUUAUCUCA